AGAGUCUUAUACAGUUUCUUUUGUUAAUGAUUCGGAGAGGCACUGAAGGAUGGAAAUAACCAGCAGAAAAGCAGCAGAAUAUAAAGACAUGUCAGAGCUCAGGAUUGUGUUGGUGGGUGAAAGCAGAGCUGGGAAGAGCUCAUCAGGAAACACCAUCCCGGGAGAAAAAGUGUUUAAUGAAGAAUUAUCUGAUGAAUCUGUGACCAAUACAUGCCAGAAACACCAGCAGGAGGUGAGCGAUCAAAUCAUCUCCAUCAUCGACACUCCAGAACUUCGUUAUACGCAAAUAAAUGAAGAAGAAGUGAAGAAAGAAAUGGAGAAAUGCAUUGAGAUGUCAGCUCCAGCACUAGCUGAACAGUGUAAAGAUGGACAUCAUGUCUUCAACAACACCGAUGAAGAAAACAGAUCUCAGGUCAGUGUACUGCUGGAGAAUGAAGAAGAGUGUUGCAGUAAUGAGCUGCUGAUGGAGGAUCAGAAGAGCAUGCAUUUCUCAUCGAUGACCGGGGCUCAGAAAGCGGUGUUUGUGGGAGCAGGUCUGCUUGGAGGAGCCAUUGGAGGAGCAGGAGCUGCUGUUGGAGCAGUGGCUCACACCGUCGUGGCUUUAGCAGCCGUCCCUGUGGCUUUUAUCGCUGCAGGAGUCGCCAUCAUGGUCGAUGGAGCUGCUCUGGCUCUUAUUGAUCUACUGAAAGCAUACAUGAAGAGGAGAAAUAAAGACACCAGUACAUAAAGGACAUUAUGAGGACAGUGUUGGGGGGAUGCAUUACACAUAAUGUCCACUGAGAGCAGGCAUGAGGAGGAGAAAUGAAGAACGGUGUAAAUAAAUGAGCUAUUAGAAAAGGGACUAAGCCAAAGAAAAAUACAUGAAUGAAUGAAUGAAUGAAUGAAUGAAUGAAUGAGUACUGUAGGAUAGUGUUGGGGUAAUAUUUUAUCAGAUAAAGUGCACUGAGAGCAUGCAUGAAGAGGAGAAAUGAAGAAAAUGGCAAAUAGAGGAUAUGAGGACGGUGUUGGGGUAAUGAUUACAAAUAAGGUGCACUGCAAAAUAAUGAUAUAUAUAUA